CUUACCCACUGAUUAAUAUCUGCAAUAAUGCCCAUCACAAGAGAAAGCCAUACUCGCGCGGAUGCACCAUCUGAAGUUGACCGCGCUGCAAAUACACCCCAGCCAUACCCGUCAGAGGUCGCCCCACCCACAGUGGUUGAUACUCUGCCUCAGCAAGCCUCAACCUCUCCUGGAGAUGGUUCAGAAGUCCAGGCCAAACCAGAUAUACGAAAACCUUCAGAGGUCGAUAUGGAUGACCCAAACAUUAAUGUUGUCGUACUUCCUGCUGAAAAGCCUUCUUUCAAGCAACAAGUAUUUGGAUAUGCACAAGUUGCUCGAGGAACGGCAAUGAGGAAGCCCUCGCUUAAGGAACGUGGAGAAAAUAUUUUACGAGGAGAGGAAUCCAUGCCUAGCAAGGAUACAUAGUAAACUCGUUGACAUAUUCGUCUUUGUCUGUGAUGUACUUCUACUCUAUGAUCAUGCCCGAGCGGAGCGUGAUGUUGUAUAUCUUACUGUAUCGUUUGAGUACUAGUUAUAUUGUAUCCAGUAUAUUUUGACUAUCGCAAGGAAUAUUGUU